ACUGCUGUAGACAGGUGUGUCUACAGCAGUGAGGCAUGAGGGUGCGGGUGGUUGUUGGCGAGUGACAAUUAAAACGUCAUAAUUCUUCAAAUCGUUUACUUAAUGUUAUUUUGAAUUGUACAGGAUCUUUGAGAACGUAUUCCAUGUAUUCACUUCAGCUGUGAUCCGGUCCUUGCAUUGUUUUGGUGUUGGUUGCAGGCAGCAUAGCGAUGGGAGGCUGCCAAGUAAGCAGCCGGUGCAGUAAGAAGAAUAAGCUUGAUGGUCUGCAGUGGUGAACGUCAUCAGAGAGCAUCAAGCAGGCGGCCGAGAACCUGCUUCACAUGAUGCAUCCAUAAAUGCAUAAGGAUUUACAGGUUUCGGAUCAGACUGGACAAAGAUGGGGUGUCCCUCUCUACUCCUCAUUACUCUGACUGCGUGUCUCCCUUCACUUGGAAGCUUGUCAGACUCACAUUCUUGGACAGAGACGACCAUUCGUCGAGUGAGUGAAACAGAACGUAGCAGUGUGGGCAGCAGGGAAAACCUAUUGGAUGGCACAAUCCGUCCCCUGGCAAAAGAGCAGGCCAGAAACCCAGAUGAGUUGACCCUGACUGGAAGCGCCGCCAUUACUACACCUCGGUUAAUUAGGCCUGGAGCCUCUGGAGCAGCAGACGCUAAUUCUUCCGUUGCAAUACACAGUCGUCUAGGAGUAAAGUCCCUGGACCGUCGCCGCAAAACUGCCAGUGUUGAUAACAGAUCCCUAACUGAUGAAGACCAUCCAGUCCAAACUCGUGUGUUGUCCUCUGCGACAAAGGACAACUUGUCGAGAUAUGGACGACCAUGCAUCCAAAGUCCUUGUGUCCGUUUUACCAACUACAACGGCACCAACCUGCAGUGGGACGACAUGAGACGCACGCUGGCGUUCGCCUGGGAAAUCCACGUCUUCGGCUCAGCCAGCCUCUUUAUUCUGAUGGCGUCUUUGGCUGUUAUGGGACUAGUCGGUGCCUCUACUUUACCAUAUCCCCACUGCGGCACUCUGAUGCUGGCUAACAGUGCCCUGAUUAUGGGGGGCGCGGUGCGGGCCGUCCACCUGCUGCUGGAUCCUUACGGGACCCGUCAGAUCGUGUCUCACGCCACGCUGGCGGCGCUGCAGAAUGUCCCCAUGCAGCUUCUCCCGUGGGCUCAGGUCACCCUUACGCUUGUCACGCCCAGGCGGUUCAAAUUGUUCCUGUUCCCGAUGAUGCUGCAGAAGCCUCAGGUGGUCGCAGGGCUGCUUGUCUCACACUGCACUGUUCUCCUAGCAGCAGACUUACAUUUCACUGAUUUAUUGCCACUGCUCCCUCUUUUCCUGCAGACUCUGUCCCUCUGCUGGGGCCUCCCGUUCUGUAUGGAAAUCCUAACCAAGUCCCUUUCCCAUUUAAACAUCUUCUACAGGUCGUCACUUCCUCUGGGGGUUUCUACACAGAGGAUCGAGAUGUGCGCAAAGCGAGUCACAGCCGUGUGCGCCUCCCUGGGCAUUGUUUGCUGUAGCCUUCAGAUUUGCAGUCUCCUGUGGCUCUACGGGCUGAUGGGGAACUGGAGGCGCUUCGGUUGGGGCUGGUGGCUUGGUCAGUUCUGGGCUAGGAUUCUGGAGUUAGCUUGGGGCUUCUCCUUGCUUGUCUUGGGUUCCUGGAUCUUCUGGAUGCCCUCCAGAAGACGUGGCCAACGCGAGGUGUCCAAGACGACAAGCUGGUGGGAUAGGGUCUUAGCCAGUGUCCAACAAGGGCGGCUCAAGCGUAGUGAGAAGAAAUGGAGAGCGCUGAUGCCAAACAAUUUGGCUAAGCAUCAUUUGUCAGGAUCGAGUUUCAUCACGAGUCCCUAUGAAAACCAACCGUCUGUGGUUGUAACGGAAUACAAGUGCGAUCCCUCCGGCAUCAGCAAUGGUGACUCUCAGGCAGCGUUCCUGCAAAAAGUGAGUGAGCGUGAAUGUAUUCUCUCCUUCAUUAAUCUUGACACGAUGUCGCCAUCUCCCGUUAACCCGAGGCGGAGCAUGGACAAUGCCCUCCAUCACGGUCAGCUUUUAGCCGGUAGUCUGUUUACACCUCCUCCUCCUUCAUGGACGCACUCUAACGACGAGAACGGCACUACGGCUUUCCCUCCGGCCUAUGUUGGCUACGGCUGGAUGAUAGACACGGAAUCCAUCCCCGCAUCUCUGGAUCAUUUCCAAGCCAGGGAGCCGUCACAGAUCACGGAUCACAGUUGUAACGAUCAGUCUAAGAAAACCCAUCGGGAAGAGGAGUUUUCUUCAAGGUUAUCAACGCCGUCACAUUCAAAUGAUUGGUCCGAUGAAGACGUCACCAACUUUUAAAACAUAACAUCUUUAAUCUGAGGUCUUCAACAUGUGGUCCGCAAAGGUACUGCAGGGGUGUGGUCCCUAAAUUACGUCAGAAUACGGCCCACCAGCGUCCAAACUCUGGCCUGCGGGAAGUCUCAAGUAUUUUUUUUAAUUAGUCCGACCGCUUCUAUGUUAGCUACCUCUGUUUGUUUAUAAUGUCUAUUUUUCUGCUGGAUCUACUCUCUAUUUCAUUUUUGCUGCAGCGGGUACAUAUACUGUAAUACUGUACAUCAGGAGUGUCCGAGUCAUUUGAGUUCAGGGGCCGCAUGGAGGAAAAUCUGCGCACCCGCGGGGCGGACUAUUAAAAUCAUGGUAUUAAAACUAAAAGAUAAAGAUAACUUCAGAUUGUUUUAUUUGUCUUACUUUGGCCAAAAAUAGAACAAUUACAUUCUGAAAAUAUGACAAUAAAAGUAUAGAGAAAAAAAAAAACGGCAGUGGUAAAGUUUAGAUCAGGGGUCUCCAAACUAUUGCCCGCGGGCCAAAUACGCCACAGUGUCGGACGAGUGCGCACACGCGGUGCACUCUUUUAGUCAAUUAAUACGUGAGGAAUUUUUAUAUAUAUAUAUAUAUAUAUAUACAUACAUACAAACCCCGUUUCCAUAUGCGUUGGGAAAUUGUGCUAGAUAUAAAUGUAAACGGAAUACAAUG